AUGCCGUCGAUAUAUGACAAGUCAAGAACAAAGAGCUGGUCCGACGCAGGCAAAUGGACCAGGCGUAAUACUAUGGAAUCAUUCAGCAAUAUUCCGCCUUUGAAGACCGAUAUCGACCGGAACUAUCCAGCUGCGCUCAACACGAAAGGCGGCGACUUUAACAGCGAGGCGUCAACACCUACUCUCGAGGCCCAACAUGAGAAGGAGAAACAUGGUCACGGUCUCAGUCACGGCAACGGUCACGACCCCCAUGGGGGCAUAAACAUCUACGACCCUGAUCGUCCCAAACUUGGAUUCAAACAACGAUUACACCAUUUUACUUGGGCAUGGUACAACUUUCCCGUGAGCACAGGUGGCCUCUCCCUUCUCAUAUUUGUUCAGCCUCACCAAUUUCCAGGCUUGAGGUCUAUAGGCAUGACGAUCUACGUCAUCAACAUCUUCAUUUUUGCCAUAGUGUCAGCAAUGCUGGUUGCCCGGUUUCUCAUACACUCGGGGGAUAUGUCAGCGUCUCUCAAGCAUUCCCGAGAAGGGUUCUUUGUACCGACCUUCUUUCUUGCCACAGGCAAUCUCAUCACGAGCUCAGACCGCUACGCCAUACCCCAAAACGACGUUGGACUUGUCUGGGCUGUUCAGGGCGCAUUCUGGGGCUACGUGAUAAUAACUCUUCUGCUCGCCAUCGGUCAGUACAGUUUUGUGUUUGCCGCCCACAGCUUCGGAUUGCAAGCCAUGAUGCCGACCUGGAUUCUGCCCAUCUUCCCCAUCAUGUUGUCUGGCACGAUUGCGUCCGUCAUCGCCGAAACACAACCCGCGGUGGCAGCUGUCCCCAUCAUCGUCGUCGGUCUUUCAUGUCAAGGUCUCGGCUUUGCCGUCGCCAUCAUAAUGUACGCCCACAUGGUCGGUCGUCUGAUGCAGGCUGGAUUGCCAAAUCGGGAGCAUCGGCCGGGAUUGUUCAUGUGUGUGGGGCCGCCGGCAUUCACGGCCUUGGCGCUCAUCGGCAUGGCCAAGGGCAUUCCGUCUGUUGCGAGUACGGACAAGGUUGGCAUGCCGGUUGACCUAACCACUAUUCGUACCAUGGCUUUGAUCAGUGCUAUUUUUCUCUGGUCUGUCAGUCUUUGGUGGUUUGGUAUUGCUGUUGUGGCCGUUGUCCAAGCGGUUCCCAACUACUUUCAUCUUGGGUGGUGGGCUAUGGUCUUCCCCAACACUGGUUUCAUUCUGGCAACAAUAUCAAUUGGCAAAGAACUAAAUAAUGAUGGAGUUUUAUGGUUCGGUACCGCCCUUAGUAUAAUGUUGGGUUGCAUGUACUUCUUUGUACUGUUCUUCAAUAUCAAGGCUGUCAUUACGCAGGACAUUAUGUAUCCUGGGAGGGACGAGGAUGUGGAGGAUCAUUAA